CCGGAAGCGCGGGGGACGGAGCGCGGAGAAGCGCUAGCGCCGGUCGCAGCCUCCAGCAGCGGCGAGCGGGCCGCGGCUUCGGGGUCGGCCGCCAGCCCGGAGUCCUCGGGAAAGGUUUCGCUGUGGUAUAUUUUGUCAUUAUGAGAUGUCGUCUACCAGUGCUUCAUUUGUGCAAAUUAGAUUUGAUGACUUGCAGUUUUUUGAAAACUGCGGUGGAGGGAGUUUUGGGAGCGUCUAUCGAGCCCGAUGGAUUUCUCAGGACAAGGAGGUGGCUGUAAAGAAGCUGCUCAAAAUAGAAAAGGAGGCAGAAAUACUCAGUGUGCUCAGUCACAAAAACAUCAUUCAGUUCUAUGGAGCUGUGAUCGAACCUCCAAAUUAUGGCAUAGUUACAGAGUAUGCUUCUGCUGGCUCACUGUUUGAUUACAUUAAUAGUAACAAAAGUGAAGAGAUGGAUAUGGAUCAUAUCAUGACCUGGGCAACUGACAUAGCUAAAGGCAUGCACUACUUACACAUGGAAGCUCCAGUCAAAGUAAUCCACAGAGAUCUGAAGUCCAGGAACGUUGUUAUAGCUGCUGAUGGCGUGUUAAAGAUCUGUGAUUUUGGUGCCUCAAGGUUCCAUUCACAUACAACACACAUGUCGUUAGUGGGUACUUUUCCAUGGAUGGCCCCAGAAGUUAUUCAAAGUCUCCCAGUGUCUGAGACGUGUGACACGUACUCAUACGGAGUGGUUCUCUGGGAGAUGCUAACAAGGGAGGUCCCCUUUAAAGGCUUGGAAGGAUUACAAGUAGCUUGGCUUGUAGUGGAAAAAAACGAGAGAUUAACCAUUCCAAGCAGUUGUCCCAGAAGUUUUGCAGAACUGAUGCAUCAGUGUUGGGAAGCUGACUCCAAGAAAAGGCCAUCUUUCAAGCAGAUAAUUUCAAUUCUGGAAUCCAUGUCAAACGACAGCAACCUUCCAGACCAGUGCAACUCAUUCCUGCAUAACAAGGCGGAGUGGAGAUGUGAAAUUGAGGCAACCUUAGAGAGACUAAAGAAACUGGAGCGUGAUCUGAGCUUUAAAGAGCAGGAACUAAAGGAACGGGAGCGACGUCUGAAGAUGUGGGAGCAGAAGUUAACUGAACAGUCCAAUACUCCUUUUCUCUUACCUCUUGCUGCAAGAAUGUCUGAGGAGUCUUACUUUGAAUCUAAAACAGAGGAGUCAAAGAGUGCAGAGAUGUCAUGUCAGAUCACAGCAACAAGUAACGGGGAGGUAGCUGGCAUGAACCAAAGUCUGAAGGCCUUGAUGAUGACGGGCUUUGGGGAUGUCUUCUCUCUGAACCAAGCAGGAUCUGUCCUGCGUUCUGGAAUGCAGAUAAACAUGCAAGCCAAAAAGAAUUCUUCUAAAACCACCUCUAUGAGAAAAGGAAAGAAAAUCAACAUGGCUUUGGGUUUCAGUGAAUUCGACUGGUCAGAUGACGAUGAUGAUGAUGAUGAUUUUGAUGACACAGAUGAUAGCAGCGAAUGAAAUCAGUUACAGAAUUAAAUCUGAAAUCGGUUUUAGCAAAGCAAAACAAUAAAGUUUAAGAACAAGAAUCCUGUCAGUUUGGUCUGUUCAAAUCCUGUAAAAGAAAAAAAGUGAGACACUUUCCAGGCCGAGCAUGUUUGUGUGUAGGAAGACAUUGUUCUUGUUUAGAUUGUGUUGACUUAUUUCUGUUUUGAUGAAAUUUGGUACUAAACUUCCAAAGUAAUUGGGAUUACUAUUAAGAACUAUGAUUAUGUCUGUAAUUCUUGAUGCCUGAUUACAGAAACUAUGGCUUGAUAAACUAAAGAACUGAAAACACUGGGGGAAACUUCAAUGCCUUUAAUGCAAUUAAUGUACUGCAAAUUUUUCUUUUUUUUUUUGUUUGUUUGUUUGUUUGUCACUAUCUUUACCCCUUUAAUUGUCAAUCAUAUGAAUAUACUUGUGCUUUCAGAUUUGCUGUUCUCUGCAAUCCAAUCUUUCUCACUGUUGCAGUGAAGGGGUUUGCUGUGUUUCUAUUUUAAAGCUUUUUCAAGGUGAGGUUAUGGGAAGUCACAAAUACGUUUCUAGGAAAAGAGAAGCUUAGCUGAGAGAAAUAAAAGGGUAAGCUAAAUAUACAGUUUAAAAACCAAAUAGCAGCAGAAUCCAGAUAAUCCCUAUUAGUAGAUGGUUUGUAUAAAUGCUUUUCCCCUUGCGUGUGUGUGCAUGUGUAUAUAAUUCACUCGAGCAAAGCGAACUGCAAUCAGACUUCUGCAUCCAUUAUCAGACAUUGUGAUCUAGAAGCUAAUUUUCAGUUAUGUUGAUGUAAAUCCAGGAAGCCUCAUUAACUUUGAUGUACUUACUCUGGUACCUGAGAGUAAAAAUGGGUGUUAGCAAAUUUUGAUUCUGUUGCAUCUCUGUUUUGUGCUAUCCUUUUAGCACUGUUUUGUGCUAUCCUUACAAAAGGACAAGGAAAAGUCAUGGUGACAUUUCAGCUUGGACCCUACUUCUGUGGCCUAUGUGAAAUUCUCAGUGGUGGCAGUUAUAUGAGGAAUAUUUACAGGUCCCUGAGUAUCUGUUUUUUUUUUGCAGCUAAAUCACUUUUAAAGCAUUGCCACUACUGUUAUGACUUUCCAUAAAACUCGGCAUGUAACAAUCUGCUGCAAUAAUUGCCUGCCAGGCACUUGUGUUGAGAGCAGUGAGUAUUUUUCUCCUGAUGACCCCUUUAGCAGUAAUGCAGGAGGAGGGAGGGAAACUGGCACAAACACAAAUGCAGGUUAGGAAGGAAGCUGAUGUAAAACACUUGCCCAAGGAAGAAGGACAGCAUUUCAAAAGACAAAUGUUACUGUCUAGUUCAGCUACAGUGGGAAUAAGUUGUCAAAAUUCCAUUCUCUAUUACUGGAGGGGUUUCUUUUAUGAAAACUUCUGUUUUUGAGUGGCUUCUUUAAUUAUAGGCUUGUCUGUUACACAGCUCUAACCUAUGUAUUACAUGAGUAUUUUUGUAGAUUGCUUAGAGAAAAAUGGAUACAUUAGAUAGCAGCAGGCCUGAAAUCAUUACAUGUUCAAACAACAAAAGAGAAAGUUCUUUGAAGGAGUUUUCCCAGAGUAUGAGUGGGGCACUUCUUUGCAAUGUGAGACAGAAUUGUUUUAUUCUGAAACCCCAGCACUGGUCUGGUAGCCUGCGAGGCAGUGAGUGCUUCGGCCAGAGCUGGCGUGCUCCACUCAGUUUUCACCAGUCUAGGCCCUCCAGAAUGCUUCCUUUCAAGUAGGAUAUCAUUCCUCAUUCCCCUUCUUCCUAACAGUUGCAGGUUCAUUGGCUUGAAGUGAACCCUCAUGCAUCAGGAGGCUUUUUCAUGUCUGAAUUGUAAUAUACGUGAUGUGAUAAGCUUACUCAGUAUCCUGGAGGCGACAUGCUCCUCAGUCACAGGUAGGGAUGGCAUUUUAGGUCCAUCAAAGCAAUGUGACUUUAGAGAGAAGAGAUACUGAAAGAAUAAACUGGAAAUAAGAACAAAUAGGCUAUUUCCAGUGCAGAUUUGCACUCUAAGUUUGUCUGCUAACACCCAGAGCAGUUAUAUUAUUUUUUUUAACUUCCACAUUGCACACAGGAAAAUUUGAUCUAGUAUGUACACUUAGGAUGUGUGUCGUUGCGCAGAGAUUAUUGUACCACAUAUGCAGUGUAGUGUUGUACAGCUUUAACUGAAAACAAAAUUUUGUUCAGUAUGAUCAGCGUUCAGAAAUUACUUGUCCCUAGCACUGAUGUUUUGCACUUUUUUUAGGAUCUGACACUCUCAGAGCACUUUAUGCAUAUUUAUAUUUGUGUAAGUUUUAAUUGAAUUUUUACAUUCACUCCUUAGUGUUUACAGAAUUAAAAAUAGUCCUUGAGUAGUACACUACAGGAAUUCUUAGUUAAAAAAUACCCAAAUUUGGGUCUCUUUCCAAAUUUUUAUACUUAUUACCCAUGCGUGUAUCUUAUUUCAGCAGAAUAUUAUCAGAAUUUGGUAACAUGCCCCUAGGAGUUUUGACUAUUUAUUUAGUUCCAGUUCUUUUUAUUGGGAAAAAAAAAAAAAAAAAAGAAGAAAGAAAAAGUUUUAUUCUUUACCUUCUCCACACUUUGCUUCUCAAAGCAAGUUUAGCUGUAUUAAGAAAAAAUUUAGAUUCUCUUAAAACAACUUGCUUUGUGCUUGAAGUAGCAAAGAUCUCUGAAUUGUUAAGAAAGUUAAGAUAUGACAGAUAACAUAUGAUAGGCUCUGUUGGUGCAGUUCUAUCAUCACAGUGUUAUACUUAGGAUAUUGGCUAUGCUUAUAAGAAAAAAACGAUAUUGAUUGAAUUUUUACUUUCUGUGAUGGCUUUUAUAACAGAUGUCUGCAGUUUACAAGCCAAAAAUUGUAUGUGAGAAUCAGCUGUGUUGUUUCUGCCUCUGACAAACUCCUAGCUAGAUAAAGAUUUUGGAAGCAUCUCUGGUGGGCAGGUGUGUUGUUUGGAGGAGGUCAUAAUAUUUUCAUCUUCCAGACCUGAUUUUGCUCUGCCGUGCAAUCUGGCCUGUUUUUCUACCCAUGUCAGCAGCACAGAAGCCCACAGCCACUUGCUGUGCCAGCUUAGGAAAGCAUUAAUCAAACCCCAGAGGUGUUGCUGUACUUGACAGAGGGGAAAUGCAAGAACUGGGCCUCAGCUUCUCAUUUUCACCAGGCUGUUGUUCUGCCAACAUUUACUAGGGUGGCUCAAGAGAAGAAUGGUGAGGAUUGUCUGUUGGCUCGCUUAAAGAUACAGAGUGAGCUGGGACCAAGACAGGAUGUCCUAACUCCCAACUCUGUUUCUUUUCCUUCAGCGUUGGGGAAAAAAACAGGGGAGGAAUUAAUGGCGUAAAACUCUUAAUCUGGUCAUUUUUGUGACUUAAUUUGACCAGUUUUGUGACUCCCAGUAAUUCCUUGGAGGUAUGGGGUGUAGGUGGUGCAUCCCCACUGGCUGGAGGCCUGGCCUGGAGUUUGUCCCAUCUAGCUAUGGAGGGCUUUGGGGAGGGGAGGUCUGGAGUAGCUCCUUGUCUCACAGUCGUGUUUGACUUGUCAUUUCUUUAUCGUUUGAGCAAUUCUGUUAGAUGUUGAUUUCCUCUCCUUCUAGAUGUUGAAACAGUUAUUAAGAAUUAAAUAUUUGUUGCAAUAACAAGUCAUUUUGCUCUCAGCAGUAGUAGUAAAUCUGUAGUGUGCUUACUGCUACUGAGUAUGUAGCAGUCACUGUGUCUUGAGUACUGUAGUGUCUUUUUCUGUAAUCAGGCAGCUUUUACAGGUUUUCAAUAGGACCUCUAACUUGACAGAGGUUUUGACUACAGUCCUAUGUAGAACGUUCAGGUAAAAAGAUAAGUUCAUUUACUAAUUUUCACAGCCCUUAAUAUGCACUAGUAGGAAUCUGGAGGAGAAUCCUUUCUCCUUUUCCCCAGACUUCGACUUGGUGUACACUGUAAAAUCUGCACAGAGGUUUCUGAUGUGUGAAGAUUUAAUUUUGAAAAUGUAGAACCAACAAUCUUCUUUAAACAUUUUGUAUCGUGUGCUAACUAUCCAUAUGCCUUUGAAAGUCAGAUAUAGUCCACUGCAUUUCUUGCUUUUGCACUACUGAAAAAGUUUUGUAUUGAAUUAUAGAAAUUGAUGCCACUUACACUUCAGGUGUGAACAGAUGAAAUUUGAAUAGAAAUAUUUUCAAAAUAAUCAUUCUCCCUUCUGAGAAAACGGUGAGCACAGUGCCUGUGCCAAAACUCUUGUGCUGUAAACUGAAUAUAUAAUUUGUGUGGAACAUGCAAUGUUACACUUCUGUGUGGUAAAACCUUGCAGCGUCAGUUACUCUCUUUAUUGCACUUGACAUAUGAUGUCUUGUUUUAUUCACACUGUGGAUUUGAUUUUCCAGUGUAAAAACAUAGCAUACAACCAAAAAGAAACCAUGCAAUGUAUUCAAUUUCCUCAAUUGGUGUCAUGAACUUUCUAUUGAUGUGAACUUUUUCCUUUGCUUCUCUUUGUUCCAAACUCUAUUUUGCAAUAAACAUUUUGACAGUAAAUUUUA